CCCAGCGCCGCUCCGGGGCGGGCGGCGGCGGCGGCGGGACCGGCGGAGCCGCUUUGUGUGCAGCCCGGAGAGGGGCGGCGGCGCAACCACCUGACAGAGGCCCGGGCGCUCGAUGCACCUUCCGCCCGCAUGAGGAGGAGAGGCCGGUAGAGGACUGUGAAAGAAAAGUUGUCCCCCAGGAUGGACUUCUCGACCGCGCAGCCCAAGCCUGCCCCUGCCCUCUGUGGCGUUGUGAGUGCCGACGGGAAGAUCGCUUACCCUCCGGGGGUAAAGGAGAUCACCGACAAGAUCACCACCGACGAAAUGAUCAAACGACUGAAGAUGGUAGUCAAAACUUUUAUGGAUAUGGAUCAGGAUUCAGAAGAUGAAAAACAGCAGUAUCUCCCACUAGCCUUGCAUCUAGCAUCUGAAUUUUUUCUCAGGAAUCCCAAUAAAGAUGUGCGUCUCCUUGUAGCAUGCUGUUUGGCUGACAUCUUUAGAAUCUAUGCCCCAGAAGCUCCAUAUACUUCCCAUGAUAAACUUAAGGACAUAUUUUUGUUUAUUACCAGACAAUUAAAGGGUUUGGAGGAUACAAGGAGCCCGCAGUUUCAUAGAUACUUUUAUUUAUUAGAGAAUUUAGCUUGGGUUAAAUCAUAUAACAUCUGCUUUGAAUUGGAAGAUUGCAAUGAAAUUUUUAUUCAGCUUUUUAGGACUCUCUUCUCAGUGAUCAACAAUAGCCACAAUAGGAAGGUACAAAUGCACAUGCUAGACUUGAUGAGUUCUAUCAUCAUGGAAGGUGAUGGAGUUACUCAAGAAUUAUUGGACUCCAUUCUUAUUAACCUCAUUCCUGCACAUAAGAACUUAAAUAAACAGUCCUUUGACCUCGCAAAAGUCCUAUUGAAAAGGACAGUCCAGACUAUUGAGGCAUGCAUUGCCAAUUUUUUCAAUCAAGUCCUGGUGCUGGGAAGAUCAUCAGUAAGUGAUUUGUCAGAACAUGUAUUUGAUCUGAUUCAGGAACUUUUUGCUAUAGAUCCUCAUUUAUUAUUAUCUGUCAUGCCGCAGCUUGAAUUCAAACUGAAGAGCAAUGAUGGAGAAGAGCGAUUAGCUGUUGUUCGACUUUUAGCUAAAUUGUUUGGUUCUAAAGAUUCCGAUUUGGCAACACAGAAUCGUCCUCUGUGGCAGUGUUUUCUUGGACGAUUCAAUGACAUUCACGUUCCUGUGAGAUUAGAAAGUGUGAAAUUUGCGAGUCACUGUUUAAUGAAUCACCCAGAUUUAGCAAAGGAUCUCACAGAAUACUUGAAAGUUAGAUCACAUGAUCCAGAAGAAGCUAUUCGUCAUGAUGUCAUUGUUACUAUAAUAACAGCUGCCAAAAGAGACCUUGCCUUAGUAAAUGAUCAGCUACUUGGCUUUGUAAGAGAAAGAACACUGGACAAACGGUGGCGAGUAAGAAAAGAAGCUAUGAUGGGUCUGGCUCAGCUUUAUAAGAAAUACUGUCUUCAUGGUGAAGCAGGAAAGGAAGCUGCAGAGAAAGUCAGCUGGAUAAAGGACAAACUUUUGCAUAUAUAUUAUCAGAAUAGCAUCGAUGACAAACUGUUGGUAGAGAAAAUCUUUGCUCAGUAUCUUGUCCCCCACAACCUGGAAACAGAAGAGAGAAUGAAAUGCUUGUAUUAUUUAUAUGCUAGUUUGGAUCCAAAUGCUGUCAAGGCUCUCAAUGAAAUGUGGAAGUGUCAGAACAUGCUUAGAAGUCAUGUACGAGAACUAUUGGAUUUGCACAAGCAGCCUACGUCUGAGGCUAACUGUUCUGCCAUGUUUGGAAAACUGAUGACCAUAGCAAAGAAUUUGCCUGACCCUGGGAAAGCACAAGAUUUUGUGAAGAAAUUUAACCAAGUCCUUGGUGAUGAUGAAAAACUGCGGUCUCAGUUGGAGUUGUUAAUCAGUCCAACCUGUUCGUGCAAACAGGCAGAUGUUUGUGUGAGAGAAAUAGCCCGGAAACUUGCAAAUCCUAAGCAGCCAACAAAUCCUUUUCUAGAAAUGGUCAAAUUUCUGUUGGAAAGAAUUGCACCUGUGCACAUUGAUUCAGAAGCCAUCAGUGCACUGGUAAAACUAAUGAAUAAAUCAAUAGAGGGGACAGCAGAUGAUGAAGAGGAGGGUGUAAGUCCAGAUACAGCUAUUCGUUCAGGACUUGAACUUCUUAAGGUUCUGUCUUUCACACAUCCUACCUCGUUCCACUCUGCAGAGACAUAUGAGUCCCUGUUACAGUGCCUCAGAAUGGAAGAUGACAAGGUAGCAGAAGCUGCUAUACAAAUUUUUAGAAAUACAGGCCACAAAAUAGAAACAGACCUACCCCAGAUACGAUCGACCUUAAUUCCCAUCUUACAUCAGAAAGCAAAGAGAGGUACUCCCCACCAAGCAAAACAGGCCGUUCACUGUAUACAUGCCAUAUUCACAAAUAAAGAAGUACAGCUUGCACAGAUUUUUGAGCCACUCAGUAGGAGUCUCAAUGCUGAUGUACCAGAACAACUUAUAACUCCAUUAGUUUCAUUGGGCCACAUAUCUAUGUUAGCACCAGAUCAAUUUGCUUCCCCAAUGAAAUCUGUAGUAGCAAAUUUUAUUGUGAAAGAUCUGCUAAUGAAUGACAGGUCAACAGGUGAGAAGAAUGGGAAAUUAUGGUCUCCAGAUGAAGAGGUUUCCCCUGAAGUACUAGCAAAGGUACAGGCAAUUAAACUUCUGGUAAGGUGGCUGUUGGGUAUGAAAAACAACCAGUCUAAAUCUGCCAAUUCAACUCUUCGGUUAUUAUCAGCGAUGUUGGUUAGUGAGGGUGACCUGACAGAGCAAAAGAAGAUCAGUAAAUCUGAUAUGUCUCGCUUGCGAUUAGCUGCUGGUAGUGCCAUAAUGAAGCUUGCUCAGGAACCUUGUUACCAUGAAAUUAUAACCCCAGAACAGUUUCAGCUCUGUGCGCUUGUUAUUAAUGAUGAGUGCUAUCAAGUAAGGCAGAUAUUUGCUCAGAAGCUACAUAAGGCACUUGUGAAGUUACUCCUCCCAUUGGAGUAUAUGGCGAUCUUUGCCUUGUGUGCCAAAGAUCCUGUGAAGGAGAGAAGAGCACAUGCACGACAGUGUUUACUAAAAAAUAUCAGUAUACGCAGGGAGUACAUUAAACAGAACCCCAUGGCUACUGAGAAAUUAUUAUCACUGUUGCCUGAGUAUGUAGUUCCGUAUAUGAUUCACCUGCUAGCCCACGAUCCAGAUUUUACAAGAUCACAAGAUGUUGAUCAACUUCGUGAUAUUAAAGAGUGCCUGUGGUUCAUGCUUGAAGUUUUAAUGACAAAGAAUGAAAAUAACAGCCAUGCCUUUAUGAAAAAGAUGGCAGAGAACAUCAAGCUAACAAAAGAUGCCCAGUCUCCAGAUGAAUCCAAGACAAAUGAAAAACUUUAUACAGUGUGUGAUGUGGCCCUGUGUGUUAUAAAUAGUAAAAGUGCUUUAUGCAAUGCAGAUUCACCAAAGGAUCCAGUCCUUCCGAUGAAAUUUUUUACACAACCUGAAAAGGACUUCUGUAAUGACAAGAGUUAUAUUUCAGAAGAGACAAGAGUACUUCUGUUAACAGGAAAGCCAAAACCUGCUGGAGUACUAGGUGCGGUAAACAAGCCUUUAUCAGCAACGGGAAGGAAACCAUAUGUUAGAAGCACUGGAGCUGAGACUGGAAGCAAUAUUAAUGUAAAUUCAGAGCUGAACCCUUCCACCGGAAAUCGAUCAAGGGAACAGAGUUCAGAGGCAGCAGAAACUGGAGUUAGUGAAAAUGAAGAGAACCCUGUGAGAAUUAUUUCUGUGACACCUGUAAAGAAUAUUGACCCAGUAAAGAAUAAGGAGAUUAAUUCUGAUCAGGCUGCCCAGGGCAACAUCAGCAGUGACCGAGGAAAGAAAAGAACAGUAACAGCAGCUGGUGCAGAGAAUAUCCAACAAAAAACAGAUGAGAAAGUAGAUGAAUCAGGACCACCUGCCCCUUCAAAACCCAGGAGAGGACGUCGACCCAAGUCUGAAUCUCAGGGCAAUGCAACCAGAAAUGAUGAUAUAAAUAAACCUCUUAGCAAGGGAAGAAAGAGAGCCGCAGUCAAUCAGGAAAGCCCUGGAGGUUUGGAAGCAGGUAAUGCCAAAGCACCCAAACUGCAAGACAUAGCCAAAAAGGCAGCACCAGCAGAGAGACAAAUUGACUUACAAAGAAGCCAAGUGCUCGGAAGUGAUGGCGAUUCACUUUGGGACAUAGAAUCAAGUCCAGGAAAUUCUUCCAGUGAUCUGGAUCGUUUAAAAGUCUGUGAGAGCAGCCAGGAAGAUACUGAGGACUCAGAGCUAGUAAAGGGAAGCUUCCUGAAGGUGCAGCAGGCAGCUUGUAGAGGAUUCUUUGAUAUCAUAUUAUUAAAUUUUAUCUAUUAUAACAAAUUAAUUUAAUACUAUGUAAGAAUCUUAAUCACUUAUUAGCUUUCUUUGGUUAGCAUUGUUAUCUUUAUUAGAAGGUAUAUGUUAUGUUGGGUUUUGGGAAUAUAAGUAAACAGCCCCCUUAUCUUUCUCUCCCAAGUUUGGAAUUGUUAAAAAGGAGAUACCAUCUUAAUACUGAUGUGGCUGAUUAAAAAUGUGGAAUGACAGGGAGUUCCCUGGUGGCCUAAUGGUUAGUAUUCUGGGCUUUCACUGCCCUGGCUCGGGUUCGAUCCCUGGUGGGGAACUGAGAUCCCACAAGCCACACUCCCCUCCACCCACCACCCAAAUCUGAAAUGACAUAGGCCAGGUAACUACUAAUGCCUUGCCCCUAAAUUGAACAACCUCCGGCAGACCAGAACACACCUUUUGGAGGCAAAGGAGAAGAAAUCUAGACAAGACCAAAUUCCAGUAUGCUCAGUUUUUCCUUCCCCCACCCUCUCACCCAUUAGAUGGGUUCUUCCUCCUCCCAGAGAGGAGUAGGUGAGGGGAGAAGAGAAAGAGACCCUAUCCCACUACUUCAUGCUUCCAGAGGUCAUAAUUUUCCCUCCCUAUUAGGGAAAUAGGAUCAGUGGGGCAUUUCUCUUAACAGAAUUAAGCUAAAUUUUCCUCCUUUUUUUAGUACACUAAAGAACAGAACUUAUUUUGCUGCUUUUAUUUGCCAGUUGUCUAGUAAUUUUUCUACUACAUAAUUUUGAAAGUAUUCAUUAAAAAUCACAAUUACUUCAAAUAGCUUUUAGUGUUUUAUUGUAGUAAUAAAACAGAUUGGACACUGGGUAGCAAUGCUUAAUGAUUGAAAAUAAAAACUUCUUCACUGGUAUUGUGUUUUUAUGUAAUUUAGGGAAAGAUUACUAAAUCAACUAAAGUGUCACAUGAACAAUGAAAAAAUAUUUUCAGAUUUUAGAUAAUAACUAUAGAAAUUAAAUAAUCUGUGUAUGAUUUGUUUUCCUGUUUAUAUCUUUUCUAACAUUGCUUUCUUCUACUCCUAUCCCCAAGGUAAAAAGAAAAUUCAUUUGCAAAGGGAGAAAAUGAAGGCCAAACAGAAGCAGGCUCUAGCUUCUGCAAAAACUUGGAUUCAGAAUGACCCUGAACAGAAAAUGAAGUUAACUUCAAAACACACUUUCUGCCUUGAAAACU